UUUAACUAAAAACAAAUUUUUGUCUUACAACCGAUACAAAUUGGAUGUAUUGUUUGUUUUUGAAAGACACUUACCAUAAAAAAUUGAUGUAUUGUUCGUAGUGACGUAUACCAUCCUUAGCUGCUACUAUUGUCUGUUCAGGAUUGAGUUCCACUCUUCAUAAUGAUUCUAUGAACUCAAACUCAAUUCCAAAUCCAAUUCAAUGACUACUUUCUCUCCUUGCACAAAUUCCCUUUCCCCCACAAUUCUACCUUUCAAAACCUCCAUUUUCUGUGCCCCUACCAACCACUUAUCUUUUUCCAAAGGCACCACUCUCUUGCAGUUGAAGUCAAGGACAAUUGCUUGUUCUUCUCCACAGGAUGCUGGCUCCGGUGAAAUCACACCAAAUAACUUUUGCAUUAUUGAGGGGCCAGAGACUGUUCAGGAUUUUGUUCAGAUGCAACUGCAGGAAAUUCAAGACAAUAUAAAGAGUAGGCGCAAUAAAAUCUUUCUUCUCAUGGAAGAGGUAAGGAGAUUGCGUGUGCAGCAGCGUAUGAGAAGUAUACAAAGAGCUUUCAGUGAAGAGGGAGAGGAGGAUGCAAAUGAGAUGCCGGAAAUUCCAUCAUCUAUUCCUUUUCUUCCUCAUGUGACGCCCAACACAUUGAAGAAGCUCUAUCUAACAGGCGCAUCAUUCAUAUCUGCAAUAAUUGUUUUUGGCGGAUUUAUCGCACCGACGCUGGAACUGAAAUUGGGUAUAGGUGGUACCUCAUAUGAAGAUUUCAUAAGAAGCAUGCAUCUACCAUUGCAAUUAAGUCAGGUUGACCCGAUUGUGGCAUCCUUUUCGGGUGGAGCAGUUGGCGUGAUUUCAGUACUGAUGUUAAUUGAGGCUAAUAAUGUUGAGCAACAAGAGAAAACAAGGUGCAAGUAUUGCCUUGGAACUGGUUACUUGGCCUGCGCUCGGUGUUCCACAAGUGGUGUAUGUUUGAACAUUGAUCCGAUUUCGGCAUCUGGUACUUCUGUUAGACCCCUGCAAGUUCCUACAACCAAAAGGUGUCCAAAUUGCUCUGGUGCUGGAAAGGUUAUGUGUCCAACCUGCCUUUGCACUGGGAUGAAGAUGGCAAGUGAACAUGAUCUGAGAAUUGAUCCAUUUGACUAAUAUUUUUACAAGAUUUGACAUUGGAGGACUUGUAUUUUUGUUGCUCUCAAUGUAUUUAAAAAAGUCCACUUCCAAAUUUAGCAUUAAUUUCUUUUUCUUUUUUUUGAAACAAAAUAUAUAUGAAUAAGCAAUUUGGCUAAAAAGCUAGUAACAUUCCAUUAUGCAAGAAUUCUUGGUCCUAAUUCCAUAUUAAUUGAAUAUAAUGUUAUACUUUUAUUAUA